AUGUACGUCGGUCGGGCGAGCGCCGCGUUGGCGGCGGCGGAGGCCAGGCCGGCGACGCCGCCGCGGAUUAUGCUGGCGGGAGCUGGUGGCGGGGGGGGGCUCCCGGGUGCGGCCUGCUCCUCCGCCGCGGCUGGGGGCCCGGCUGGCGGCGGCGAAGGUGGCGGCGGCAGCGGAGGAGGCGGCGGCCGCGUGGAGUUGCUGGUCUUCGGCUACGCCUGCAAGCUGUUCCGCGACGACGAGAAGGCGCUGCAGCAGGAGCAAGGCCGCCACCUCAUCCCUUGGAUGGGCGACGCCUCCAUCAUGAUCGAUAGGUAUGAUGGGCGUGGUCACCUGCAUGACCUUUCUGAAUACGAUGCUGAGUAUUCCACAUGGAACAGAGAUUACCAGUUGUCUGAAGAGGAGGCUAGAAUAGAAGCCCUCUGUGAUGAAGAGAGGUAUUUAGCCUUGCAUACGGACUUGCUUGAGGAGGAGGCAAGGCAAGAGGAAGAAUACAAGAGGUUGAGCGAAGCUUUGGCGGAAGAUGGUACCUAUAAUGCAGUGGGAUUCACUUAUAGUAGUGAUUAUUAUGAUCCUUCUGAACCCACUGAAGAGGAAGAACAGCCUUCAAAAGCAAAACUUGCUGCAACCGCCAUCGAAAACGUAGAAGAAAAUGAAGAACCUUUUAUUGCUCCCGUGGGAUUGAAAGUACCCUCCGAUGUAGAACUGCCGCCAACUGCCAAAAUGCAUGCGAUUAUAGAACGGACGGCUAGUUUCGUCUGCAAGCAGGGAGCCCAGUUUGAGAUCAUGCUGAAAGCAAAGCAGGCUCGGAACUCUCAGUUUGACUUUCUGCGGUUUGACCACUACCUCAACCCUUACUACAAAUUUAUUCAGAAAGCCAUGAAGGAGGGACGAUACGCGGCAGCAUCGGAAAAGAAAAAAGAGGAGGAGAAGAGAGCGCAAGAUGCUGCUGAUCAAGAUGAUGAUGAUGAUGACGAUGAUGGAGAUAACUACCUACAUCCAAGCCUCUUUGCAUCUAAAACUCACAGCCGACUUGAGGAGCUUAUGAAGCCUUUAAAGGUGGUAGAUCCUGAUCACCCGCUGGCUGUGCUUGUUCGCAAGGCUCAAGCUGAUAAUAACUUGGCCGCCUCUCAGUCAACGGAGGGAACAGCUGUUCAGCCAUCGCAAAUAGAAUAUCCGACAGAUCCCGCCAUGGCAGCCAUGUAUUACAGUUACUACAUGCUGCCGGAUGGAACGUACUGCCUUGCCCCUCCACCCCCUGGAAUCGAUGUUGCCACUUACUACAGCGGGUUGCCAGCAGGGGUGACUGUCUCGAGCACCACAGGGAUUGCAACAAUAACAGCACCCCCUCCUCCUGGCACAACUCCUCCACCACCGUCGGAGGCAGCUGAUGACAGCAGCGGAGCCAUGCCCGCCACAACUGCUGUGAGCACAAUCCCUCCGGUGGUUGCCAUCAUCCCCCCACCCCCGGACAUCCAGCCUGUAAUUGACAAGCUGGCUGAAUACGUCGCAAGGAACGGGAUUAAAUUUGAGACCAGUGUUCGUGCCAAGAACGAUCCAAGGUUUGAAUUCCUCCAGCCAUGGCACCAGUACAACGCUUACUAUGAAUUUAAGAAAAGAUUCUUCCUCCAGAAAGAGGCCAGCGACAGCUCAAAGCAGGUAAUACCUUCAUCAGAGGAUGCCCCUGCCGAUCCUGUCAGUGCCCCACUUGCAGAAGCUCAUUUUCCUGACGACUCUGUAUCUGAGGAUGCAGAAUCUGCUGGCCAAGGGAAUAAUAAAGACGACCUGGAUGCCAGCAAAAUUGCCAGUGAUGGCAAACUGAUGAAAGCAUCAUUUGCACCAAUAAGCUUUGCAAUCAGAGCCAAAGAAAAUGACAUGCUUCCCUUGGAGAAAAAUCGAGUGAAACUUGAUGAUGACAGUGAUGAGGAGGGGGAAGAAGGCAAGGAAGGCCAUGAGAAUGCGCACGGCACAUCCAACAGCAGCACAGUGUUUGCCAUGUCCAGUAACGCUGCCGAAGAGAAGAAGCCUCAGCUUACACAGGAGGAGCUGGAAGCCAAGCAAGCCAAACAGAAACUAGAGGACAGGCUGGCAGCCGCCGCCAGAGAGAAGCUAGCCCAGGCCUCCAAGGAAUCCAAGGAGAAGCAGCUUCAGGCAGAACGGAAGAGGAAGGCUGCCCUGUUCUUGCAGAACCUGAAGAAUCCCCUGGCUGAAGCAGAGGUGGAGAAGAUGGAGGAGAACGCCUUUAAUCUCGAGACCGUCAGUAGCAUGCCAUGUGCUCUGUUGACCAGCGUCAGGACGUUACCAACCUUGGAAAUGAACAUAUCAGAAAGGUCUUCGAGCAAAAGCAGAGACCUUCCCAGAGAGGAAGAAAAGGAGAAGAAGAAAAAGAAGCACAAGAAAAGAUCGCGGUCGAGAUCCCGGUCGCCCCCUUCCAAGUAUCAUUCGUCCUCCAAGUCCAGGUCUCGAUCACAUUCGAAAGCCAAGCACUCACUUCCCACUGCAUACAGAACUGUCCGGCAUUCCAGAUCUCGCUCAAGAUCACCCCGGAGAAGGCCCCACACACCUGAACGGCGUAGAGAAGAAAGGUGUGUCCCAACAGCCUACCGUGUUAGCAACAGUCCAGGAAUGAGCAGGAGACGAUCCAG